CAGCAGCGGCAGUAGUCGACACUGUAAACAAACAGUAAGCUGUCACCAUUACUCUAGAACUGUAAGUGAGACAGUCAACCUUAAUCACUGUACUGUAAGUGAGACAGUCAACCUCAGUCACUGUACUGUCAGAAAUUGUGUGUUAAAAUAAGUUAUGUGUUACAUCACACUGAGAACACCACUACAGUAUAUUGGAGUUGUGUGGAAGAGAGGUCGUUUGGUACAGUACCAUGAAGACAGACGCUGAAGAAACUCUUACACAUAGAGAAGCAAUGAAGAAAGAAGAAAUUGUUGAUCUUCGAAAGUAUAGCAAUGACCAAAUAAAGCUAAUGAAGCCCACUAAGAAUUUGGAAAAUCCAUUUUCAGAUAUGAAAAUUAGUGAUUCUAGUUUUUUGAAUGAUUUAGAUGGAAGAAGUUCUUGUUGUAAGUGUGGGAAAUCAAGAAAAUACUUCUGCUACACGUGUUACAUCCCUCUACCUUGUAUUGCUGACAAAAUUCCCAAACUAAAGCUCCCCUGUAAGAUUGAUAUUGUCAAACACCCAAGAGAAAUUGAUGGGAAGAGCACAGCAGUACAUGCAGCAGUGAUAGCACCAGAUGAUGUGCACAUCUACACCUACCCUGACCUGCCACAUUACUCAAGUCAGGAAAAUGUACUGCUCGUAUUUCCAGACAAAGAUGCCAUAAAUAUUAAUGAUUUGUGGUCACACCUGGACAAGAAGACAAGAAAAAGCCUCGAAGAACCAGAGACAAAGCGCAUCAAGCCACAAAUCCCAUUUACUAGAGCAGUAUUUAUAGACUGUACGUGGAACCAAACCAGGAAGAUCUAUAAUGAUGAGAGAAUAAAAGGUCUCCAGUGUGUUGAGCUGACAAACAGAGAGACGUUAUUCUGGCGCUACCAGCGAGGGAAACCCCACACAUAUCUGGCAACUAUUGAGGCCAUUUAUUACUUUUUAGUAGAUAUUCACAUUCAUGUUCUCAAGGCCAAGUAUGCCAGUGAAUAUGAUGACCUUCUGUUUUUCUUUAAAUUCAUGUUUGAAAAAAUUCACUCCAUAUAUGACUCACAAUCCUUAAAGGCAUACAAGGGAGUAUAGUGCUUUGUUGUCUGAAGUAUGUCUUGACACUUGUUUUGUGGAGUAUGUCCUGACACUUGUUUUAUGAAGUAUGUCCUGAUACCUGUUUUGCGGAAUACGUCUUGACACUUGUUUUGUGGAGUAUAUCCUGACACUUGUUUUGUGGAAUAUGUCUUGACACUUGUUUUGCUGUGAUUAUGAUGAUGCCCAAGACGUCUACAGUCUGCGUGGAAUGUUAGUUCGUGUGCUGAAAAAAUAUUGAUAUUUACGAUUAUGUUAUAUAAAUAAAGUCAAGUAGCACUUACCACUUCAAUUAAUACUUUGUAGUGUUUCCUCUGCGCUUCAGACAGUCUUUUAGCCUUCGAGGAACACUGUCAGCAAGGUUUUGCAAGAGGUCAGGUGGCAAGUUAGCCCAGGUAUCCUUGAUGGCUGCCUCUAGCUUCGGGAUUGAUGAUGUGUCAGCUUCACGCAGACGACGCUUAACAAUGGACCACAAAUUUUCUAUUGGGUUAAGAUCUGGGCUACUGCCAGGCCAGUCAUUAAGGAAAGGUACCUCAUAGUCUUUGAGCCACUGUAUGACACUUUUAGCAGUGUGGCAUGGGGCACCGUCCUGCAAGAAAAGGCUUGCCUUAGCUUUAUCAAAUGAUUCAGGUAAGAAAUCACUGAGCAGUUCAAGAUAGUUGUA